CUUUUCCCUUACCUUGUCUUACCUGGCGUGACCCCGUUCGACCAUCUACCUUUCUUUUUUCCCCGACAGCUUCGCACCUCUUAUCUUUGCAACUAUUCUUCUUGGACUGCUCCUUCCCCUCUUGCUUAGUCUUGUUUUCGAGCAAUAUAACCUACAUUAAAACGACAUGGGUGGUAACAUAGAAUAUAUAGCAGGCUACGGAUACCUCUCCCUCAGCCAAGCUGUUCACGUCGCCCAGAAUAGUGAAGGUGGCGUUGACCAACGACUUGCUCAGUUCCUCGAAACGCAGCUGGCAGUAGUCUGGGCGAAACUUAGCGCGCAACCCCAUACGUACAUUCUACCAUCAGACGAAUUCGCGCUUAUGAACUACUACCGCACCCGAUUUGGCGACAACGAAAUCGUGAGAAACGCAACGAAACGAUUUUGGGACAAUCACAAAGGACCUCAGUGA